AUGAGAGGGAUGCUCUUGGUACUGCUCUAUGUCUCCCACGCUUCUGCCAGUUGUGGCAUCCAGAAAACCAACGUUAUAGAACCUUCCGAGGAGGGUCUGGUCAGCGAGAAGGAGUUCCCGUGGGUGGUGUCGCUGCAGGAUUCCCGCUACGCCCACCUGGCUUUCGGCAGUAUCCUCAGUGAGUUCUGGAUCCUCAGCGUCGCGUCCGUCUUUCACAACAGGAAGGAUGCUGUCGUUGUAGUUGGUAUAGCUAAUAUGGAUGCCAGAGUGAUUGCUCAUGAAGAGUAUCCAGUCAAUACCAUCAUCAUCCACGAAGACUUUGAUAACGAAACAAUGGCCCAUAACAUAGCCCUCCUGAAGACAGACACGGCGAUGCAGUUCAACAGCCUGGUCCGGCCCAUCUGCUUCCUUGGCAGAGAGCUGCAGAUGCUACCAGCCUUGUGGAACUGCUGGGUGGCAGGAUGGAAUCCCACGACUGCAGUUAAUGCCUUCCUUCUUCUAGAGGAGGCUGGGGACCCAGGAAACCCAAUGAUGUGCCAGCUGCAGCAACUGAACCUGUGGGUGCUGAAAGGAAUCCUGUCCCAAGGUGGCGAGAAAUGCCCGGGCCUAUUUCUGUACAUCAAGGUGGAAGACUACAGUGACUGGAUCACAUCCAAGACUCAGAGGACCAGCCUCCCCCUGUCUUCCUUCCACCACAGGGCAAAUUCGGUUCCUUCCUCCAGCUACUCAUCAUAUGUCGCUGUGACAAAGAAGAAAUAUUCUAGGCUGGGCCAGGCUGUAUGGUCCCCACCACACUUCCAAGGACAAAGAAGGGCCACCAUACACUCACGGGCAACAAGCAGCUCUAGAGAGAGUCUAGACUUUAGGGUAAAGAGUCUAAGGAAGUCAGGCAGGUCUCCUGAGGUGGCCGUACAACCCAUGUACUAUGACUAUUACGGUGAGGACACUGAGUCUAUUUCAGGUCGGAACAGGUUACAUCAGCCCCAAGAAAUGGUCUUGUUUUGCUCUGUGCUUGUUUCUUUUGCAAUGGUAUGUAGUCUAGGAGAUAACCCUCCAAACUGAAGAGCGCGCUCAGGAU